AUGGCUAUCACUGUAACCGAGAUCACAAGCCUUAAAGAUCUUAAUGACUUUCUAGCCAUACAGCCGAAUGACAAACUAACCAUCAUCGACUUCCACGCCACAUGGUGUGGUCCAUGCAAGAUGAUUGCUCCCUUCUAUAAGGAAUUGGCAGAGAAUUACAAGAAUGCCAACUUCCUCAAGUGCGAUGUGGAGCAAGCGAAACCAAUCGCGCAAGAAUAUGGAGUCACAGCGAUGCCUACGUUCAUUUUCUUACAGGGUAAUAAGAAGGUACAUGAGGAAGUUGGUGCGAGUAGGGACAAAUUGAAGAAUGCCAUCGAACGGCUUGCCGUUGCUUCUCCUGGUGUAACGACUCCGUUCGCUGGGAAGGGACAGACGCUUGGUGGAGCUCCUGCGCCUGCCUCCCCAACUGAAGGUGCUGGUGGUAUCAUCAACUUGACUCCUCAAGCAAAGGUGUUGCUCGGUCUCGUUGGUGCUUACAUACUACUGUGGUAUUUCUCGUGA